AAAAGGCCGGGCUGCACUCUGCUCGCCCUCUUAUUCUCUUUGCUGUUGUCGCAUAUACUUCUCUCCUCACAACUAAUCAACAUGGACGCUCUUCUCGGCAAAUGGCAGGUUAUCAAGGAGGAGACUGUUGGCAUGGAGGAGUUCCUCAAGGCUGCAGGUCUGCCCCAGGACGUGGUCGACCUCUACACCAAACUGGACUACACAGUGUCCACUGAAAAGGAGGGGGACGGCUACAAGACCCACAUCGUCAUGGAGGGGGUCGGGGAGCAGGACUACACGUGGAAGUUCGGUGAAGAGUUCGAAUACGCCGCCAUUGAUGGCACAAAACCCAGGCUGGCCAUUACGAAAGGAGAGAAUGACACUAUCGUUGAGAGCUACAAGCUGGCGGACGUCAACAGGGAGUGGACUGUAACCCGCAGCAUGGAUGGAGAUAAGAUGGUGGCGGUUACAGCCAGCAAGAAUGGACAGAUGACACAGAAGCUGAGGAAAGUUUAAAUUGGCCAACGCGAUGACUGUUAAUAUUUUGAAGUUAUAUUGUCUCAGCCAAUCAAAGCUUUCGGUUCAACUGUAGUGCUCUUCCGGUUACUUGACGCUGGGGAUAUUGGCGUCAAGUGGAAAUACGACGUCACGUCCUCACGUGGCUCGGUCUGUCAAUACAAAGAUCUGUUAGUACUAAGCGCGGCUUCUCCAAUGGUACCUGCCGUGUGUCGAAUGAGAUUCAUCCAUUGAGGUGAAAACUUUUGUAAAUAUAGUCCGUCUACACGUAAUACUUCCAAAAUAAACUUAUAUUAACUCA